UAUUUAUUAACGAAUUUUUUAUUCAUUUUUGCCUUCAAAUCAAACAUGUAUAGUCCGAUUAAGAUCAUCGCAUUUAUCAUAACAUUCUUAUUCUGUGCAAAGACGUUCUUUAUGGCAUUCUUUGCAUUGAAUCAAUAUCCACGUUGCUCACUGCUGCAAACACAAAUUAGUGUCUAUGCAAAUCCUACCACAUACUUAUGGAUCACCUUCAUAACAAAUAUAAUUGCGUUAUUUGCCGGCUUCUGGAUGUUAGCGGGACUUUGUGAGAAUUUAUUUGCAUUUUUCUCACCAGCGUUUACCGUUAUAAUCAGUUUUCUUAUAGAGGAUUUGGUGAUGCAUGGCAUUUUAGUAUUUAUUACGAAUGUUUUUCACAUGCUAAUGAUAUUCAAUACGACCAGCACGAUUAUAUUCGGUAUAGGCAUGCUGUUUGUUUAUAGAAGUACCAAAGAAUUCGAAGAUAUAAAUCCAGAACAAGUUUUGAGUCAGGCACGACGCUUCAGUGUAUAAUCUCGUGACGAUUUUUAUAUUUUUAUAAAAAAAAAGAAAAUAUAACAAACAUAAA